AUCAAAUGCACCACCGUCCACUCGGCGCCCAGCGGGCACGCCGUUGGUGCCAGAGCUACGGUCCAGUGUCCGGCCGGCCAGGUCAUGACCGGAUGUAACGUGUACACGCAGAACGCCAAGGCCGCUGGUGCUUUCAUUGAAGGUAAACACAAUUAA